CUCGCCGAGACUAGCAGCGGAGAACUUCGCAAGAGGCAGACAACAACCUACCUAUACACAUUCGUGGCCUUUCUGUCUGUGCAAGUGUACGACAACAACUAGCACGGUGAAUGUAGACUUUUGAUGUUGCUCGGACAAUGUCGAGGCAUCGGGAAUUAGAGACGCUUAAAAAGCAAGAGGCUACCCUUAUUCAAUUACAAAUGGCAUUCAGCGAUCAGUUAAAUCGACUCAAGGUUGAAGAACUUGCUCUGUCGAAUCUUUUAAGACUACAGCAUGAAAAGGACAACAAACAUGAUUCUACUGUGGCACAACAAACAAGCAACAAGCCAGUCAUGGAACAAUUUGAAAACAGAGGUUCUGAAGUAUUGGAUCUUGCUGUAGGCUACUCUCGAAAUGAGGAAGAAGAGGAGGAAGAGGAAGACAGCGAAGAGGAAGGCUACAGCUACAAAGAUCAGCUGACAUUGUUUCUGGAAGACAUGCUGACAAGGCAAAAGCAAGAUGCCAGUAAAAAGACAAAUAAACCAGAAGACGAUGAAGAGGAAAUGUGAUCUGGAGAAGGAAAGAGAUGUGAAACAGAAUGGCAGCUAGCAAAAGUUCAGAUACUAGCAAAGAACAGGCCUGCAGUGGACAUCUGUCAGACAUUUGCGUUUCAGUUCUUUGGCACAGACCUACAGGCAGACUUUAAAUCCAUUUUAAAGAGAGAUUUUUGGACUGUGGCUGAAUGGAAGAAACCAGUUGGUGGCAAAUGAAUAGUUUUGGCAUGGGACAUUUAAAGGUGUAAGUGUGAAAGUGAAUGUGAGUGAAAAGCAUUGCAAAAAAUAAAAGCAUCAAAACUGAAUGUUUAGUUCAUUUAUUAGCACAUUUUACUUGCACACUCUAAAUUAUACUCAUUGAUGUUCAUAAAGCAGUCUUGUAAAUUCUCAUGAUGACACUGUCACGUAACCAAAGCACUCUCAACUUGUAUGCACACUUAAAAAAAAAA